GCACUAUCUGUCAAGGGAGAAAUCCAUGUAGUCAAAGGUAUUUCACCUAGAUGGGCAGAGGACCAAAGGGUGGUCCCAAGAAGGGGGCGUGUCCAGGGAGGAGAGGCCCUGCCCCCCAGGAGCAGGUAGCCCUGGAGAAGAGUUGCAGAGACAAAGAGGCUGGAGGUGGUCCCCUCUCAGGACCAUGUGCCUUUGCUUUGUGACAUCUUCAGGUAGAGAAGGGAAGAGGUCCUUCAGUCCUGAUUGAGCCCAGAGUGGAGAUGGAGGAGCCAGACCAGGCCAGCCCUGAAGGAGGAAGCGAGCCCAAUGAAAUGUGGGGCAGGAGAAGUGUUGCGUUCCCAGGUGGAAUAGGCCAGGAUGCCUUGGAGGAGAAGGCCUUCAGCGCAGACCUUCAGAGCCAACGCUUCCUCUAUGAGGAGGCCUUGGGGCCCCGAGAGGUCUGCAGCCACCUCCACUCUCUCUGCAGCCUGUGGCUGAAGCCCGAGGAACAUACAAAGAUGGAGAUGCUGGACCUGGUGAUCCUGGAGCAGUUCCUGGCUGUCCUUCCUGUGGAGAUGGAGCGCUGGGUCAGGGAAUGUGGGGCAGAGACCAGCUCCCAGGCCGUGGCCUUGGCUGAAGGCUUCCUCCUGAGUCAGGCCCAAGAGGAGAAGGCGCUGCAGGAAGAGUGGCAGGAGAGAAAGGUCCUUCAAUCCCAGGAGGCCCCACCAGGCACCAGCCAGGGCUUCCCUUCCAGGUGGAUCAAGCUGGAGCAGGACACAAGAGCUGCUCCACCAGGAGAGGAGACAAGGGUGCUGAGAAGACGUGGCAGCUCCACUCUUUCUGAUACAGGAGAAGAAGUGGCAUCUAUUCUGCAAGAUCAGGUGACAUUUGAGGAUGUGGCUGUACAUUUCAGUGUGGAGGAGUGGGCCCUCCUGGAUAUGGAUCAACGGACCCUGCACUGGGAGGUCAUGGAAGAAAAUUGUAGGAUGGUGGUUUCUCUGGGUGGUGAUGGACAAGGGAGUGAAAAUGGAGGAGCACGAAAUAAAAUGUUGCUGAAAGCAGUGAGAAGUCAAAAAGAAGAAAGCCCCAAAGUGGAAGCAGAAGGAUAUAACAGGAACCAGUGCCCUGUUGACAUCAGGGAAAUCCCAAUCCAAGAGACAAUAGACGAAAUCAGGGAGAUUGGAAACAGCCCUGUCUAUGAAAAUGGCUUCUUACAAGAGGCGUAUAGUAUACACCCUGCAAGCAAUGAAAAAUACGAAAUUGUGGACAAGCCAUAUAAAUGCCUGGAGUGUGGAAAACAUUUUUAUUUAAUGAUAUACCUCCUUAGACAUCAAAAAACCCACACAGGAGAGAAGCCAUAUAAAUGCCUGGAGUGUGGAAAAUGCUAUACCCAAAAAUGUAACUUAAGUAUACACCAAAACACCCACAGGGAAGAGAAACCCUAUAAAUGCGUGAAGUGUGAAAAAGGUUUUUCUGAUAAGAGAAGUCUUAUUGGACAUGAAAUGAAUCACAGAGGGGAGAAACCCUAUCAAUGCCUGGAGUGCGGGAAAAGUUUCUCUUGGAGAAAUGGGCUUAAGCGGCACCUAAACACCCACGAAGGAGAGAAGCCAUAUAAAUGCCUGGAGUGUGGAAAAUGUUUCUUUCAGAAAGGAGACCUCAACGCACAUCAAAAAACACACACAGGAGAGAAGCCAUAUAAAUGCAUGGAGUGUGGGAAAUGUUUCCUUCAAAAAGGAAACCUCAAGAUUCAUGAAAGAAUCCACACAGGAGAGAAGCCAUAUAAAUGCCUGGAGUGUGCAAAAUGCUUCACUCAGAAAGCAGUCCUUAAUGCACAUCAAGAAACCCACACUGGAGAGAAGCCAUAUAAAUGCCUGGAGUGUGGAAAAUAUUUCUUUGAGAAAGGAAACCUCAAGAGACAUGAAAAAACCCACACAGGAGAGAAGCCAUAUCAAUGCCUAGAGUGUGGAAAACCCUUUCAUAGAAAAAGUAGCCUCUGUAGACACCAAAAAACCCACACAGGAGAGAAGCCAUAUCAAUGCUUGGAGUGUGGAAAAGGUUUUUCAGAAAAGAGAUGUCUUAUUGGACAUGAAAUGAAUCACAGAGGAGAGAAACCCUAUAAAUGCCUGGAGUGUGGAAAAGGUUAUUCUGAUAAGAGAUUUCUUAUUGCACAUGAAAUGAAUCACAGAGGAGAGAAACCCUAUAAAUGUCUGAUAUGCGGGAAGAGUUUUAGUUGGAGAACUGGCUUUAAGUUGCACCAAAACACCCACAUAGGAGAGAAGCCAUAUAAAUGCAUGGAGUGUGGAAAAUGUUUCUUUCAAAAAGGAUACCUCACCACACAUCAAGAAACCCACACGGGAGAAAAACCAUAUAAAUGCAUGAAGUGUGGAAAAUGUUUCGUUCAGAAAGGAAACCUCAAGAAACAUGAAAGAACCCACACAGGAGAGAAGCCACAUAAAUGCCUGGAGUGUGGAAAACCCUUUCAUGAAAAAAGAGACCUCCGUAGACACCAAAAGACCCACACAGGAGAGAAGCCAUAUACAUGCCUGGAGUGUGGAAAGCGUUUUCAUCAAAAAGGAAGCCUCCGUAGACACCAAAACACUCACACAGGAGAGAAGCCAUAUACAUGCCUGGAGUGUGGAAAAUGCUAUACCCAAAAAGAUAGCCUAAGUAGACACCAAAACACCCACAGGGAAGAGAAACCCCAUAAGUGCCUGGAGUGUGGAAAAGGUUUUUCUGAUAAGAGAAAUCUUAUUGCACAUCAAAUGAAUCACAAAGGAGAGAAACCCUAUAAAUGUCUGGAAUGCGGGAAGAGUUUCUCUUGGAGAAAUGGGUUUAAGCUGCACCAAAACACCCACACAGGAAAGAAGCCAUAUAAAUGCUUGGAGUGUGGGAAAUGCUUCCAUCAGAAAAGUACCCUCAAUGCACAUCAAAAAACCCACACAGGCGAUAAGCCAUAUACAUGCAUGAAGUGUGGAAAAGGUUUCACUGAGAAAGUCAACCUCAAGAGACAUGAAAGAACUCACACAGGAGAGAAGCCAUAUAAAUGCCUGGAGUGUGGAAAAGGUUAUUCUGAUAAGAGACAUCUUAUUGGACACGAAAUGAAUCACAGGGGAGAGAAACCAUAUCAAUGUCUGGAGUGUGGGAAGAGUUAUAGCCUUAAAUCUGUUCUUACAGCUCACCAGAAUAGUCAUACAGGAGAGUUUGGGAAGAGUUUUAGCUACAAAUCAGACCUCAAAAAUAUUGGAAAUUCAAUAACCUGUUGGAAUUAA